UCUUUAUGUUCAGCUGCUGUUGUCUUUGCCAUUUAUUCACAUUAUGCCUCAGGCUUGAACUUUGACCUGCUCUUGUUAUCAGACCCGGAAGACAUAAACAUGUUAGUUUCCUUCAUAAAGUGAACGCCUCUUCCUGCAAACGUCUUCCUGUUUUCAUUUUUAUCAACAUGGAAAGAAACGUCUACAUGAUGAAAUCUCAAAAUACAGGACGAUGAUCAGACAGACGUCACGCUUCAGAGAAGAUGAUCAGCUGAAGACUGAAGAAAGAACAGAAUAUCAGCAUGUCAGCCUCAGAUACCACGGUGAUUGUCGUCCACAAUCCUCCUCGCAGGAGAAGACGGAGUAUGGAAAAACCUCCUAUGAUGAGGAUUGUUCUUCUGGGUUCGAGCGUGUCAGAAAACAGUCUGGUGGGGAACUUCAUCUUAGGACGAGCAGCGUUUGACAGUGAAGCUCCUCCAGAUGUUGUAGAGAGAGUCGGAGGAAGACUGAAGGACAGACGCGUGAUCAUCAUCAACAGUCCUCAGCUGCUCCAGACGAACAUCUCAGAUCAUCAGAUCACACAGACAGUGAGAGAGUGUGUGUUUCUGUCUGAUCCAGGACCUCAUGUGAUCGUUCUGCUCCUCAAACAUGAGCCGUGUUCAGCAGAAGAUCAGGAGCGUGUGGAGAAGGUGCUGGACUCUUUCUCUGAGAGCGUUUAUCAACACACCAUGGUGCUCACAACACAAGAGCCCACAGAAACCAGUGACGUCCUACAGAAAAUACUUCAGAAAUGUGCAAACAGACACUUCAGUCUUCAGAGGAGCAGCUCUCCUGAUGAUCUUCUGCAGACGCUUGAGCACAUUGUGAAGAUGAAUGAUGGACGGCACCUGGAUUGUGCUGAAGUUUCAGAGUGUGUGAAGCUGAAUCUGGUUGUGUGCGGGAGUGAUAGCACAUUAAAAUCCUCCGUAUCAGAUCUGAUCCUGCAGCAGACAGACAGAAGAUCAGACGUGGAGCUUCAUGAUCAUCAGAUCAGUGUAAUACAGCUUCCAGCUCUGAUUGGUCUCUCAGAGGAGGAAGUGAUGCGGGAGACUCUCCGCUGUGUGUCUCUCUGUCAUCCUGGAGUUCAUGCUUUCAUCCUCAUUAUUCCUGAUGCUCCAAUUAAUAAUGAAGAUAAAGCAGAAAUAGAGGAGAUCCAGAGGAUCUUCAGCUCAAGAAUCAACAAACACAUCAUGAUCCUCAUAAAGCAGAAUCCAGAUCAUCAGACAGCAGAACUAAAUGAAGAAACACAGUCUGUUAUUGAGAUAUUUGGAGGAAGACAUCAGUUCAUUGACCUGAACACACAAGUGUCUGUGUUGAUGGAGAACAUCGAGCAGAUUCUGGAAGAAAACAGAGGAGAGUUUUUCUCCACAGAGAUGUUUCUGGAGGCUCAGAUGGAGAAACUGCUGAAAUUUGAAGACAUGAAGAAGAAAAUUCAAUCACUAGAAACACCUUUACUGUCACAAGGUUCAACAGAGAGAGAAGAUGAUCUGAGGAUUGUGCUGCUGGGAAAAACUGGAGCUGGGAAAAGUGCAACUGGAAACACCAUCUUAGGAAGAGAAGCAUUUACAGCAGAAACAUCUCAAGAGUCUGUUACUAAAGAGUGUCAGAGAGAAACAUCUGAUAUCAGCGGCAGACACAUUACUGUGAUCGACACUCCAGGACUGUUUGAUACUGAACUCAGUAAUGAAGAAAUCCAGAGAGAAAUCAGCAACAGCAUCCCAAUGAUCCUGCCUGGACCACAUGUGUUCAUCAUUGUGCUCAAUCUAGGACAACGAUUCACUAAAGAAGAAGCAACAGCUGUGGAGAUCAUCCAGGAGACGUUUGGAGAGAAAUCUUUAAUGUUCACCAUGGUGCUCUUCACCAGAGGAGACUUUCUGGAGAACAAAACCAUUGAACAGUGUUUGGGAAAACCUGGAUCUGCUCUGAAUCAGCUGAUUGAUGAGUGUGGAAACAGAUAUCAUGUGUUCAAUAAUAAAGAGACUGGAGACCGAACACAGGUGACUGAUCUACUGCAGAAGAUAGACAACAUGGUGAAAGAGAACGGAGGGAGUUACUACUCAUGUAAGAUGUUCAGAGAGAUGGAGAGACACAUACAAGAACAACAGAUGAAGAUACUGAUGGAGAAAGUGGAGCAAGUGAAUAGAGAAAGAGAAGAACUGAUGAACAAACAUGAAGAAGAGAAAAAGAGGAUGAAGAUGAUGAUGGAAGAAGAACAGAUGAAAGAGGAGAUGAAGAGAGAGCGAGAGGAAUGGGAGAAACAGAAAGAAAGAAGAGAGAGAGAAAAACAGAUUUGUGAUGAACAGAAUGAGAGACUGAAGAGUGAAAUGGAGGGAAUAAUCAGAGAGAAAGAGAGAAUAGAAAGAGAGAGAGGAGAACAGCUAGAGGAUUCAGAGAAGAGACUGAAAGAAGAGAGAAAGAUGAGAGAAGAUCAGCAGAAGACUCUUGAAGAGAAACUGAAACUCCUUGAAGAACAGCAUGAAGAAGAACUGAUGAGAAGACGAGUGGAGUGGAGAGAGGAAUAUGAACGAGAGAAAGAGAAGAAGAUCUGCUCUGAAACUGAUCAUUCACUGCAGAGAGCAAACAAGGACAUUGAACCAGCAGAAGUCAGAGCAGAAAACAAACAGAAGAAUGUAUUUGACAGACUUCAUCUUGAAGACAAACACCACAAUAAACUGAGAGCUGCAGAUGUUCUUCAGAUAACUGAACAUUCAUUACAGUCUCAUGAGUCUUGUGCUGAAGAAGAGCUGAUUCAGACUUUCCUACAGAAACUACUGAUGAUGAACUACAGAGCAAGAUACAUUAAAACUAAACAGAACAAUGAACAGCAUCAAAUACAGCAAAGAGACACUGACUCAUCUGACGAUGAAGAAGAUAUUUUUAAUGAAAAAUCUUUGUCUAAUGAAGAAACCAGUCAGUCUGACCUCAUUCACCCGAUGGAUGUCCAGAUGGCUGUGUUUCAUCGUGCUGAUGUUUUCCUGAAGCAGCUGAUGGUCACUAAACUGUCCCAGUGUCAGUACGCUCUGCCUCUGCUUGUUCCUGAUCCAGACACACGACAGAUUGAGUUUCCUCUCUGGACAUUCAGACAAAUCCACAAGAGCUGGAAGAUCAGAAACACCAACAAUGAGUUCAUCAGUCAAACCCAGCCGAUCUACAGAGCACAAACUCCAAUGGUGUUUUUCUUCAGGUUUGGCUCUGUGUCUUCCUCCAAGUCUCAGCUGAUGAACCGUCUGAUCAAUGAGAGACACAACACGUUCUUCCACAGACACUGUCCUUACAGCAGCAGAACCAGAGAACUGAUGGAUGGAGUGGUGGAGAUCACCUGGUUCUGUCCGUCUGGAAGAGACACAGAUCAAUUCACUGAGUGUGUAGCGUUCUGUAAUCUACACGGUGAUGCAGGAGACCAUGAGAAACAGCUGCAGAUCCUCACUGACAUGAGCUCAGUCAAUGUUGUUCUUCUGCCACGACUGCACAGGAACAACAGACAUGCAGCAACGAUACAAAAUCUGUACAAGGACUCAAAGCCACUCAUUUGUCUCUUUACUGAGGAUGAAUCUACUGUAACUGAGAUGAGAAAAGGGAAAUACAAGAUUGGUCUGAAAGACAGAAAUCAGUCAGAUGUAUCUGAAGAACUCAGACGAGUUAUAAAUGCUUGUCUCUCAGACUCCUCUCACACUUUCAGACUUGAAGAUGUGUCCAAACACUCAGACAUCAGAGUAGAUGAGGAAGAUGAUGAAGACUGCAGGAGAGGAAGAGCAGCAGCACAGCAGAUGAUGAGUUUACUGGAGAAGAAAGAUCUGACAGAAAUCAAAGAAUCAUUUCUGCCUCAUCAGGAGAAACUGUGGCAUCAGUGGAGUCAGAAGAACAGAGAACUACAUCGACCUCGAGCAGAUGAGACAGAAAUGUACAUCAGAAGAAAACACUCAGAGAUGAAGGAAAUACGCCAACAGCAACAUGAAUCUGACAUCAGUGAGUUCAUGAAGUGCUUUAUCAAAGAAAUGAACUCAGAUGCUGCAAAUGAGAAGAUGUUUUUCCUUAAAUGGCUCAGAAUCCUCCUGGAUGAACAUAUAUCAGCUGAUCUUUCUGCUCUACAUCACAAAUAUGAUGAAAAGUGGUCAACAGUCUUGAAACUGAAAGAGAAACAUGAUAAAUCUGAACAACUCCGAGCUGAACAAACUGAACUUGAGAGAAUAUCUGAGGAUCUUCAAGCUGCAGUCUUUGGUGUGGAGCACAUCAUGAGGGAGAUCGGUCAGAUCUAUGAAUCAUGUUCAUCUGUGAAGAAGAACAAGAAAGACCUGCAGGUUGACUUCUCUUCUCUCCCGAGUCUCGCAGCAGAGAUGAUGAUCUCUGGAUCUCCACUGGAGCUGAUGGAUGGAGAUGCUGCUCAUGUUCCUGUGAUCUGGAUCUCUGCUGUUCUAGAUCAACUCAUCCAGAAACUGGGAGACCAGAGAGUCUUUGUGCUGUCAGUUUUAGGGCUUCGAGGCUCUGGGAAAUCCACCGUGCUGAACACCAUGUUUGGACUCCAGUUUGCCGUCAGUGCUGCCAGAACAACCAGAGGAGCUUUCAUGCAGCUGGUCAGAGUCUCAGACAAGAUGAGAACACAGAUGAACACUGACUAUAUUCUGGUUGUUGAUACUGAGGGUCUUCGAGCUCUAGAACUGGCUGGAAGAUCAACAAGACAUCAUGACAAUGAAUUGGCCACAUUUGUUGUUGGUCUUGGAAAUCUGACCUUGAUCAACAUCUUUGGAGAAAGCCCAGCUGAGAUGCAGGACAUUCUUCAGAUUGUUGUUCAGUUCUUCAUGAGGAUGAAGAAGGUCAGACUGAAUCCCAGCUGUGUGUUUGUGCAUCAGAACAUCUCAGACGUCACAGCUGGAGAGAAAAACAUGGAGGGAAGGAGACGACUGCAGGAGAGACUGGAUGAGAUGACUAAACUCGCUGCUGAAGAAGAAGUCUGUGAUGCAGAAUGUUUCAGUGAUGUUAUUAGAUGUGAUGUUCAGAAAGAUGUGAAGUAUUUCGCUCAGCUCUGGGAGGGAAGCCCACCGAUGGCUCCACCAAACCCAAACUACUGUGAGAACAUUCAAGAACUGAAGAAAACUAUUAUAUCUCAUGCCUCAAAGUCUGAUGGAAUGAUGCUAACUCUUCUAAAAGACCGUAUUAAAGAUCUCUGGGAGGCUUUACUGAAUGAAGGAUUCGUCUUCAGCUUCAGAAACUCUCUGGAGAUUUCAGCUUACAGGAAACUGGAGACAGAAUACAGGAAGUGGUCCUGGAGACUCCGCAGAGCCAUGAUGGAAACUGAGAACAAACUACACAAUAAAAUAGAAAAUGAUGUGAUUCAUGAAGUUAAAGAAACUGAUCUUCACAGAGAACUGAAGACAAGCGAAGAAGUGAAAAAAUCAAUGUCUAAAUUCUUUGAGAAAGACAGAGAUGCAGAUAUACUGAUUCAGUGGAAAACAUCAUUUGAAAUCAAAAUCAAAGAGCUUCAGGAAAACAUUGUGAGAGAAACAAAGAGGAAAUUAAAUGAGGUUCUUCAGCAGCGAGACCUGAAGAAAAAGAUUGAUGUUCAGAGGAGAUAUCAUGAAAACACUCUCUAUGAAAAGAGCAAAGAACUCACCUUAAAAUUCAAAGACAAAACAAUCGAUGAAGAAACACUGAAGAAAGAGUUUGAUUUGUUUUGGGAACAAAGUGUGAAGAAGAUCAUCAGAGACGCUCCUGCAAUCAGAGACAUUGAUAUAAUGAGAGAUGUGAGAGAGAUCCUCAGUGACGUCUAUCAAAGUGUUCCUGUAGAUCACUGGAGGGAGAGCAGAGAUAUUUUCACUGUGCAGAGUUAUGAUGAAUAUAUUAUUUUCAGAAAGUCCAAAAAAAGUGGGUUUAAAUGGACUCUAAAGGAUGUUUUCCGAACAGCUAAACUGUCUCCAGAGGAUGAAGCUCAAAUAAGAUCAUUAGUCUCAGAUGUUGUUCAGCAGACAGACAGAAUUAUUCAGUCAUUUAACAUCUCAAAGAUGGGCUACAACAUCAGCUGCAUUCAACAACUCAUAGAUUACAUCAAGACAAGUGUAACAGAUCAUCAGGAACGAGUGAGAUAUGUGUUAAAGAAUGAAUUCUUCAUGGAUUUGGUUCUGUCCGUCUGUAAGAGAUCAAACAACAUGAUCACUGACCAACACAGACUGUUCAGAGAUGCCAAUGAUCCUGUAAUAUAUGUUCAGAAGAAGAGAGAAGAGUACUAUAGUAUUUUCCUGAAAUACUGUCAUGGAUCUGCAUCAGCUGUUAUUUUUGGAGAGAUCAUCUGUCUGAAACUGAAAGAGCUCAUCGAGCAGAGCGUCUACAAGAAGACUGCCAGAGAUCUGACAGAUGAAAUCAGAUCAAACUGUGAAUCACUCAAUGGAAACAGAGCAAAUCUGGAGAAACACAUCCUGAAGACACUGGCAGAAGAGGAGGAUUUGAACAAAUACAUGAACUACAUUCAUAAACCCAGAGAUCACUUCAAGAGUUUCAUCAGAGAUGAAGUCAGGCGGUACAUCACUGAUCGGUUCAGUCUCAGUGUUUUACUCAAGAUGAAGGAGAACAUUACACUCCUGCAGCAGAAGAUCAUGAGAGCAGCUCAUCAAUCUACUGAACAUGUUCAGGUUAACAGAGGAGAUGCUGGUUUGUGGUUGAAGAGUUUCUCACAGCAGAUCUCAGAUGAGCUGAUCUUCUCUGAAAAACACCUCAGUGGAGUCAGACAUGAUGAUGUUGUUGAUUUCAACCUCCUAGAAGAUGUGAUAAGACAAGAACUUACUGCUGUAAUGUCUGACAUCAGCAGCAUAUUCAACUCAUGGUCAUUUAAUGAAAAACUGGACCUCAAGUUCAGAGCAGAUGAGCUUCUGAUUGAUCUCUUCUGUCAGUGCUGUUGGGUUCAGUGUCCGUUCUGUGGAGCCAUCUGCACAAACACCAUAGAAAACCAUGAUGGAGAUCACUGUGCUCCGUUCCACAGAGUGAGAGGAAUUAAUGGAUGGUGUUACAUAAAAACUGUGAAUCUCUGUACUGAUAUUUGCACAGGUUUAGUGGCAAGUAAUCAAACAUUUUGUGUAUCAGAUGAGUGGUUUAAAUACAGAGAAUACAGAAGAGCAGGAGGAGUUUAUGCAGUCUGGAGUAUCACACCUGAUCUCUCUGAACAGAUCUACUGGAAGUGGUUUGUGUGCAGAUUCCAGAGAGAUCUGGAAAAAUACUACAAUAAAACAUUUGAGGGGAGUGGAAAGAUACCAGAUGAAUGGAGAAGAUACUCAAAACAGGAAGCUAUUGAGAGUUUGGAUCAAUACAGGAGGCGUAUUACAGAAUGUUCCUUAUCUUAGGUCUUUUUUGUAACUUUUUAUUUAUGAUUUUUAUAUUUUUACAGAACAUCCCCAUCCCCAACAUUCAAACCCCUCACAAAUGAGGGAAGCGAAAAAAAAACAAAAUGUCAUACUUUCUCUUUGUGGAGGAAACAUUUGUACAUCAAAUCACAAAAGCAAGUUACAUCAAUGUUAUAUUAAUAUUACACAUUAGUUGACCAAUCUUAAAUUACAUAUCUAAAUAGUCUGUAGUCCUUUUCCACCUUUGCAAAAAAAAUAUCAUUUGUGAUCCAGGCCACUACUGCAGUUAACUGAGCUGCCCAGUAGUAAUAUAAAUAUUUGCAAAUUUUUACUUA